AUGGUAAAUCUCUCAGAUCUUUCAAUGGAGCUCUUCCGCGCCACCAUAGAAGCGACGGUGAAGGAGCUCGGCUUGCGACGCUCCAUGAGGCUCCGCAAGGUCAGCAGAUUGUUCAACGAUGAAGUUCUGCGCGCCUUUGAAACACUCUUCGUUUUCCACAGCAACACCCGGUUCCGUUUUCGUCUAGAUUACAGAGCGCUAAACACUUACCAAUUCGGUGCUGCACUGAUCCCUUUCACGGCCCGAUUCUUGUCUCGCCGCCCGCAUACUAACCCAGCCGGGUUCUGGAAGGUUUUCAGCGCCGACCCUGUAGCUGAGCACUAUCCUCCCUCUCGGGUGACGGAGCCUUGGGAACUCAACAUCUCGACCUUUCUGAACCAGCUCCUGGACCACCUACGUGUACCGGAGAACGGCCGAUACGAUGCCCUGGUGAUAUUGUGCGAGUACCUGGACAGCUCUCUUGCUGUCCUUGAUGGUAUCAGUAGUUGCAACUUUUCGUCGCCCGGCAUCAUUUCGGGAGUGCUCCGUGGUUUCAGACCUUUGAUCAACAAGGACCUCGAGGCAAGCAUUAUCCCAGUGGCCAUCUUACUAAAACGGGAAGACAUAUACGAACCCCUCCUUGAGUCCGCAGCGCGAAAAGACGCUCGUUACUGGGGUCACAUGUUUGAAACCCCGGUUCAUGCCGCAGUCAUGUCUUUGCAGCACAAUUUGACAACGCGUCUCCUGCGUAUGUUCAGUGCCAACCUUGAGAGUCCUAAGCAUAAUCAUCUCAUCAUUCCAAUAGAGCGCGCCAUAGAAACCGGAGACUUGGAAAUGGUAAACAUUGUCCUGGGCAAGGGGACCCAUACACACCGUCGUGGUGCCCCCGAAUACUCAGCUGAUCCGUUUCAACUUCGCCGGGGCUUGAUGAAAUCUGCAAGGCUAGGCCAUGUCGCCGUUACAAACCGUCUACUGGAGUACCUGCAAGUUACGCCUUUGAGGAGAUUUGGAUCACUCCUGGCAAGCGCAAUGGACUGCGCCACCAUUCAUGGACACGUCAGCACAAUGGAGCUUCUUGCACAGUACGGGGCGAGAAUCACCAAACCCUACGGGGGACGUGGUGCCGAUCCCACACCCCUAGAUCUGGCGUGCUGGACUGGGAAUGAAGAUACUGUGAGAUGGGCUCUUUCCAAUGCAGGGGAGUUGUCCGCAAAGAUGGUAAAGGAUGCCAUUUUCGCGGCUGUCUUGGGCAAUCAAGUCUUAGCUCUUCACUUGAUCAUGACAGCCGAACCAGAUCUGACCAUGUUCGAAUGGUCCGACUGGUUCGACAUCGUGUACCAAGGGAUCCAGGCGCGCCGCUAUGCUGCCCUUCGCUACCUGCUUGACGAAGCCAAAGUUCUCGACGGGCCGCCUAGAUUCAGAGGAGAAACAGUGGAGACCGGCGCAUUGCUCAAGCUCUGCGCCAUGGACGGCCAUGUCGAGAUUUUCCGAGCUCUGCUACGCGCCGGCUUCUCGCCGAAUGCCCCGUCGCUCGAAUCAGACGAGCCCACGGGCUUCUGGACGCCCAUGAUGUGGGCGCACACAUCUAGCGAGCCCGGAUCGCGGCAGAUCGAGGACAUACUUGAGCGGCUCGGCAUCGAGAGGGCGGACAUGACUGUGGAUCCUUGGAAGUAUUGGCUAGAAGUGGGAUACUACCCCCAACCGGCGACGCGAAUGUACUCGAAGAUGCCGGCAUGGAAACGAGUCAGCACGUGUAAGCCUUCAGUGCGCACUGACGAGUCUAUUCUUGUCAAUGUGUCAUCAUCUAAGUAG